UUAAAAAAAUAAAUUAAAAAUAAUAAUAAUAAUAAAUAAUAAUAAUUCACUCAAGUAAAACCCGAUAUUGUAAACAAUAUUGAAGCCCAACUUAAAAAGCCCAUUUCAUUAAAUACCCAUAACUUAUUUACUGCAUUAAAAUUAAAACCCAAAAUCGAAACCACUAACCCCCAAAUUACAUGUCGGUCAAGCAACUCAAUUCAAACACGACCACUCUCUUAUCUCUCUAUAUUACCGACCUUUAACCUUUUUUGGGGAGCUUCAUGCUGGUGAUUAUCACAUCCACAUAACAUUUCCAGAAUCAGUCAAAACCAGCGUGUGAACACAUCCGAGUCGGUUACUUAACAAAAGAGAGAUUUUAUAUUCUCUUCAACAAUUAUUAUUCACAAAAGGUGGUGGGCUUCGGAGACUGUAUAUCUGACGGCUGCAAAAGUUUGAAUUCUCAAUCUGUUUAUAUACCCUUUUUCUUUCACAAUAAUCCGAAAAAGGGUCUUGAUAAUUCUCCGAAAUAUCAUCUGGGUCGAUCUUGUUUUGUCAAAUCUCAGCCCGGAUUGAAUUGGGUUACAUAUGCUAAUCGUUAAAGGUGGCGAACCCAGGGGACUCAGGCGAGAACGUCAGAUUUCCGGCGACGGAUGAAGGAGACGCGCAGUCACAUCAAACUCAGUCACAACAACAAUCUCAACCGGUGACAACGAUGACCCCCAUGUUUUUCGGUUACGGUCAGUCGACGGAAUUGUCGGCGAUGGUGUCGGCGUUGACUCAUGUUGUCUCCGGCCAGAGGUCCGGUGGUGGUGGUGGUGGUGGUGAUGUUAUGUCGUCGUUUGCUGGCGGUUCGGGGUUUUAUUCAGCAAACUCGCCUUCUUCUACUACUUACUCGUCUUCGAGCUCCGGUUCGUGGGGUGGACAGAAGAGAGGGCGUGAAGAGGAGAGUAGUAGUGUUUCUCAGAUUUCCGAGCACUUUCAGAGGGUUUAUAGAGGGUUUGGUGAUCACAGAGGUUUUCACGGAGAGUUAUCUUCUAUCACAACUGUACCGGAGGAAGCUACAACUAUUUUACCACCACCCACAACCACCAUACUACCCCAAACUCCAUCAACUGCGACUAGUACUGUAGUUUCAAAUGAUCAAGAAACAGGAGGAGAGAGGAGGAGGAGAUACAGAGGAGUGAGACAGAGGCCAUGGGGGAAAUGGGCAGCGGAGAUUAGGGACCCACACAAGGCUGCUAGGGUUUGGUUAGGUACAUUCGACACGGCGGAGGCAGCUGCCAGAGCCUAUGAUGAAGCUGCCCUGAGGUUCAGAGGCAACAAAGCCAAGCUCAACUUCCCUGAAAAUGUCAGAUUAAUGCCACCAAUCCAAGUUUCUCCGGCGACCCAAUUGCCCAUUUCUGCUUCUCCGGCGACCCAAUUGGCGGCGACACCAUCGGUGCAGCCGUUCUUCCAGAACCAGCUGCCAUUUCAGGGCUCGGACAUUAAUGCUAGGGACUACUGGGAAUACUCUCAGCUGCUUCAGAGCAGUAGUGAUUUUCAUGGACCACCACCUUCAAGCUUGUUGCAGCAAAUGUUCUUGGCUUCAUCAAUGGCGGCUUUGCACUCACAAUCAAUGGCUUUGGCCUCCUCUACAUCACCUUCUUAUGCUUCAUCUUCAGUUUCUUCACCUUCUUCUUCAUAUCCUUUGUUGUUCUCCGAUCAGCAGCAAAGGGGUUUCUUCCGGCCGCCGGAAAGUCAAAAUCGAGGCGGUGGGUCAGAUUUUCCGGCUCCGCCAUGGACCGGUCCCGGCCACUACCCUCCUCCCUCUUCAAGUUGAUUAAUUUUAGAGUCAUCAUACAGAGUCUAUCAAUGAGACAAUUCCUACUAUUUUUUUAUGUGAGAGGGACUGAUUUCGAUCAGGCUCCAUUCGCAUACAUACAGUUGAAUUGAUCCGAUUGUAAGACUUACGCGUCAUAUUUCUUAAUUUUAAAAUUACAUCAAAAUUUUAUGAUAAAAAAAUACUUAUGAUUUCAUUUUUUUUUUUUUUUUCUUCUGAUGAGGUGAAAUAGUCACAGAAAAUUUUCUUGUUCUUGGUUUAUAAUUUUGAUGUACUCUGUAUUCCAUGUAACUAUGUAAGUUUGUUUUCAUUGAUUUAAUGCUAUUUUUAUCA